CUUGUGGCAAUAAGACACCAUCGUAACUUUGGUCUGGUGUAGAGUUAUUGGUGACCUGUGAAGGCACUGAAGUCAUUUCUUCCUUUUGAGGUAAGCCCACCAUAGUAAAUAGGAGGGAUUUAAGUGAAGAAAAUUAUAUAUUUAUACCUGUUCUUAUUAUUUAUUUUUCUUUUCAAGUAUGUGAGCCUGUUGCAUAAUUUGAAAGCCUCUGCGCGCGCGACACUACGUACCAAAGGCUUUUUGAAAGCAUAUUUUAUUUUAGGCGGUAGGCGGUCUAGAUUGUGUCCUAUGAACAGAUAUUAGUGCUAUGCUGGUGCAAAUGUCUGUGAUGGCUUUGUAGAGUUCGCAGUGCUUUGUAUAUAUGUAUAUAUCUAAACUAUUUGGUGUUAUAUACAACUUUUGCAGCGGCUUCAAAAAGGUGAUGAUAAAUCCACUAAUCUACGUCGCUUUCCACCGCAGACGUGUCUCGGCAUAUUUGCUAUGGCGAAUUAAGGGCUACUUUCUUCUUUAAAUCAACAGCUCAUCACUGCUUUUUCCAAUCUGUAGACCCCUUUGAUGCUUUGUGUCAUUGCAUAACACUUUGCCUCGCCAUUACUGGAAAAAAAAAAAUGACCCCUCCCCCAUUCCCACCCAUCACUAAACCUUCACAAAAAAUUGGAAUAGACAGCAGGGUGAAAAUUCCUUCUUUCCAAUCCUGACUGCUGACCAAUAUCAGGGUGUAACCUCUGUCUUGAAUUCUGUGACAAAAUGCACAUUAUUGAUUAAGUAUUUUUGCAUUUUUCUCCUGCCUCUUACCUUCAUCAAGUUUCCAUUAGUGGUCUUUUCCCCUUUUCAUUUCUCUUACUCCUCUACACACCCUCUAUUUUCUAAUGUUCCUACAGAGUAUAUCCUCUUCUCUUCCAGUGAAUAUAUGCUCUGAUUGUAACAGUGGUCUGGUGUCAGUCAAAAUGACUGACAUCUCAACAACUUGAACUGGAAUUAUCAGCAAGGUUAACUGUGAGGACCAAUAUUUUGCCAGCCACUAGUUAUUGAUCAUACAGACAGAUUGUCUUAGUGAGUGAUGUCUUUAGGGACUUUUGUCCUCUGAUGUGACUGAUCUUUCAACAAAUAAAUAGAGGGGGUAAGUUUCAAAAGAAACUUUGGUACUGCAUUGGUGGGAGAGUAUAACAAGGUACCAUUUAUUUGGUAUUUAUCAACUGAGGUGAUAAAGAGUUUCAAAGCUGAAGUUUCGAGCAUCAGCCCUUCGUCAGAGAAAAGGGCUACCACUAAAAAUCUUGGCUUUGAAACUGACAAAGCUGACAUUUGGAGCUAGCAAAUGGCUAACCCUUGAAACUUCAGAUUUGAAACUCUUAAUGUUGGCCAAUUUAGGUUAUCAACUGUGUUGAUAAUACCAAAUUGUCUUGAUCUUUCAACACCCUGAUUGGAAGACAUGGCUAAACUCAAGAAUUAACACACUGAAUUCCUUGUUUCUUUUUUUCAGCUUUGUAUUUUGUGUGGACUCUAUUAAGUUGUGGACAACAUUGAGUGAAUGUUAGGAAUCCUUGUGAGAAGCCUUGGAAGACAACUUAUUAUGCUGAAGCAUGAAAAAGGGAAAGGAAUUUUUUAUUCAAUAGCAAAAACUGCGAUAACAGAAGCCAAACACCACCCUACCCUUGUUCCAAUUCAUGGUAUUGUUUUUGAUUUGGAUGGCACCCUUACUUUACCUGUGUUGGACUUUGCCAAACUUCGUAAGGAGCUUCAGUGCCCUAAAGGUGUUGAUAUUUUGGAAUUUUGUAAUUCAAAAAUUGGACAGGAAAAGGAAGCUGCUCUUGAAAUUGUAGUAAAAUUUGAAGAGGAAGGAAGACAAAAUACCAAGCUACAACCAGGAGUGUUUGAACUACUUAAAUUUUUGUCUGCAAGCGGAUUAAAGAGAGCACUCAUCACAAGAAAUUUACAGGCUUCUGUGGAUCAGUUUUUGGCAUUAAUGGGCCAUCCUGAUGACUAUGGAGGUCCACUAACUCAUGUAAGAACCAUUACAUCAUUCAGUGAACACUCGCAGUAGAAUAUACAGGAAGUAGUGAUGUCAAACAUCUUUUCCUGCCCACUUGUUACUUGACAGAGAGGUUAUAGUCUUUCAACUUGCAAUUUCUAGAAAGUUUGAAGCUUAGAUUGUGAUCUCACAGGUUGUUGUCUCACAAGUUGAAGGAUAUGCAUUUGCUGCUCUUUCUGACAUGAAUGCUUAACUUCAUUUGCAAGAUGCUUUGAAUAUAGAUUAAAGCUGCUUAUGAUGCAGCUUUAUCUUUUCCCUGCCUCCCACAAGUGAUUACAGGACAGUUUUAAGGAGAAUUCAGUAGUCUAACCAAAGUUAUUGAAGGACUAGUUUGGUGGGCCUCUUCAGUCAUUAUUUUUAUUGCAGAAGCAAACCACAGAAUAGACCAGUAAAACAUUUCUUUUAUUUCUUUUGCAGUCUCUCACUCGUGAGUUCACACCACCCAAACCAGAUCCUGCUCCCCUCCUUCACAUUUGCAGGGACUGGGGAGUUCAUCCUAAGAAUGUUGUCAUGGUGGGUGAUCAUCUUCAUGAUAUUCAGUGUGGUAAAAGUGCAGGAUCAGGUCAGCAAAUGUAUUUUUUGUUGCUCAAACUGCUUGAAUCAUCAGGGGUUUUAAUUAAACCAGUAACUGGCAGUGUAUGUUCCCUCAGAAUGCCUUCCACCUCCUAUUGUCAAAUGAGAUUUGUAUAGCCCCUUUUGUCAUCACAACCCCCUUCUCCACCACUGGCAGCCUCCUGUAUAAAAAACUGCUGAACCCUUGUUUGUGCAAGAAUCAUUUAUCAUUCCUUUGGCAAGGACAUUUAGCAAUUACAGAGUUUAAAACUAUUUCAAAAUCCAGCCUCAUUUUUGGUGCUGUUUAUGACAUGUUUUUAAAUUGCAGGAAUGAUUCAGAUAAGGUUUUUCCUGUGUUGUUGUAGCUGUGAGUGUUAUGUUGAGUGUUAUGACAAUUGGUUUGAAAAAAAAAAAUCUUUUAGUUUGGUACAAGCAAGUCUUAUAUACUGCUUAUGUUUAGAGUCUACUUUUGAAAUUUUCUCAUUGUGACUUUUUUUUUGUGUUUGUUUUUAAGUGACGAUAUUACUGAACGAUUCAACUAAUGGUGAUUUCAAGAAGGAUGCGGACUUCAAUGUGGACUCUCUGAGUGAGAUUAUCAGUUUGAUUACCUCUCACGAGAGAUUUUCUAUCAUCAGAGAAGAUCCUAAUACUGGAACAUAA